CAUAUCCAUAACGCUGAUAGAGAAUGAUCCCUGCGUUGUAAGCAAGAAUUUUCUUUGCACCUGAGUAAUGUUCCCCUGAAAGUUUAUUCGGUAUCGGUUCAGCUUUUAUACCCGACAACUUGGUAAGUACAUUAUGGCUACUACUUUCCCCCCUCUGAAAAGCAGACCUGGAGUCGAGGUCUGCAACAGAGCACAGGAGCCUUCGCUACGAAAAAGUAUUGUUUGCACUUUGCACUUGCGUUAACUGGAUUAGCUCGUAGGCAUCUGUUGCUCUGGUUAUUUAGAUAGCAAGUGUCUUUCCUUUGCUGAAUUUGUUUCUUUUUCGUUCUUUAGUAGAGGUGUGUUGCUGUUGGGGUACUAAUACUUUUUGUUUCUCUUUGAACAAGUGGUUCUUCAUCUUUUGCUCGGACUUGGAACUCGGAACGCAGACUUAUCUACAAGCCAGCUGAAUCUUAAGCAGCAACAAAGAUGUCGUCGUCUGCGAACAGCCGGAAACGGCUUUUAUUAUCCAAUUUUGCUGGGGGUCCGCCUGAAAAGAAGGUCGCCACGGGUUCAUCUGCCGCAUCCUCAUCCACCAGCAGGGUCCCUCUGGGAAAGCCAGCAGGUGCACCAGGGUCGUCAAUUCGGGAGCAGGGCGCUGAGCAAGGUCGUAAGUCCAGCACCACCGGGGCGCCUCCGCCAACCGCGGCCCCGCUGACAAGCGGAAACCUGUCUCAUUUGGGAUCGAUCGGUCGCGAGGGUCUACCCAUGCCCUCCAGCAACGUCGCGUCCUUACUGCCGAAAGAGACCGCAACAGCCGGUGGAAACGUGCGGCUGCAACGAGAGACGGGCGUGGUGGAGAGCUACGACAAGCAGAAAGGGUUUGGGUUCAUCAUAAGCGACAAUCCUCCAGAGGGCGACCCGGCAAAAGUGUUCGUGUACCACACGCACGUGAAAACUGUUGGCGGCUUUCGCUAUCUCAAGGAAGGCGCGGAAGUCAGUUUUUUGAGAGGCUACGACAAAGAACGCGACAAUUUGCCAUGCUGUCUCGACGUGCGCGCUAAGGACGGAAAAUCAUUGAUCAACAAUGAAGGGGUGAAAGGUAUCUUUAGCUUUACACCCCGAAUCAAUAAUGAAGGGGCGAAAGGUAUCCUCAGCUUCUUUACAUUGAGGGUGUCAAAGAAAAAUAACCGGUGAAUGUUUCCUCGUCAUCCUAGAUUAGCCUGCUCAAACAAUACAUUGAGGACCAUUUGUAGAAACUAGUCCCGAGACAUAGGUUGCGGCUGCUUUGUUCCCACAUCUACAUCAUGUUUCUCCCGAGUUGUGGUGCAACACUGUUUGCAAAUUUAUGUUCACCUGUAGUCAACCAGCACAGGUACAAAUAAAUUCCAUACAAUUUUACAACUACAGUCGAACGGAAGCAGCUGUCUUUUGGGAUGCAGAAUUGGCAUAACGUUUUCCAAAAAUACCCGUCCAUGAGGCUGGAGACGAGCUAUGACAAAGUACCCAAAAACAAUAUGGGUAAUGACGACUGCUUUGACGAUGUUAACGUUCCUUACAUGGGCAGCAUGUUUUCGCUGAUGAAAGCGCGCUUUGGUCCGGAUGCCGUCAAAUACCUCAAGGAUCGUUUUGUGCAAGGGGUACUGCCUAUGUGUAGUUCGUGUUCACAUGAUGUCGUUUGUUAGGACCCUACUGGAAAUAUUUUUGUCGUGUGGUCCACAGCUCCUGUUGAUUAACACGACGAUUACUCAGCAUACUUAAUUGAUUCUGAGUACUUUUCACUUCAAACAUCAAAAUACUUUCACUUCCAACCUCCAAUCCAAUGCUCAUCAACUCUGAUCCAGAUUGAAGUUCGGGACCCCGACGAAUUCGACAUUGAGGACUCGUUUCGCGAGGCCGCGGACUCUUGUGAGAAGGAUUAUCUUGCAAAGUCGAUAAGCAAGCGACAGGCAGAUGGCGCGGAGUAUCUCCAUGUGUUGUUCCAACACGCCCAAGAUUUAGGUCGGCCCUGUGUGCAGAUUUGGACUUCCAGUGUCGGAAGUUGUCAGCUACUUGCUUGCGACGCCACGGGACGCGUGUUGAGGCUCUCGGAACCGCAUGCGGCAACUGCGCUCACCGCGGGUGGCUUCACUUUCGAACCAGCAAAGGACGGCAACAGCCUCGGGCACUUGACUUCAGGAUUUCACCUAGAAGGACACGCGCAAAGCAUCCAAUACAAGUACCAUAAUUCAUCUUUUACUUCUGAGCCUCCAUGUCGGGUAUCCUCUUAUAAGUAUCGAGGGACCCCAGUGUAGGACGAGGAGUAACAUACUUGUCGAUCAUUAGAAACUUAAUUUGUGGACGAGUAAAUCCCUCAACAAAAUCAAAAAUAAACGAAAGGUUGCCUUCACACAAAGUUUUCGGAGCGCGCGCGUUCAAGAAAGAAGGCACGAACCUUCGUUUGGACCAUAUCCCAGAGACUAAACACGUUCGUACCUGGGCGCUGAAAAGUGGAGAUCUCACUUCCCGAAACUCGUCGAAGGCGUACCCGACUAAUAAGCCGACCUAUGACCUCUUUCUGCUUCUUCUGACGCCAGAAUUGCAAAAAUGGUGGGGUGGCGAUCAACAGAUCAUCGAUGAAGCACUCAUUAUGACUAUAAUAUCACUGCAUUGAUGCCGUCGUGUGGAUCUUCUACAAUAGAUUCUAGGAUUAUGGAAGCGUCGUGAUGGAAAAAUAUAUUUUCAUACUGUGAACGAGUUCACCGUCUAGUCCACUCAUCAUAUUAGUUGAUUCAUGAAGCGUACUAGGCAGCUUGAUAUUAUCUGCAAAGUGUGCACGCUGUUCUCUUUUGUUUCGUUACUCGAUCGCGACUUACAAUUUUCUUGUCUCUAAUCCUCUCGCAAUGCGCAAGGGCCGCGAGCGUGGUGAACUUCUGCCAGAUGCCGCAGUGAAGGCGCUCACUCGCGGUGCUAUGCGUAUGGGCGCUCCUGAGGAUUUAAGCUGCAUGUGCAUCAUACCCAGUUGGCAUAAGAAGCUCCUCGAAUCCUUUUUGGAAAAAAUGGGCGACAAACCGAUUCUACCCGAAGCGGAUGAUGGCGUCGACAUGUUCGCGAUGUAACAAGAUUUUUGACUCGCGUUUGCAUGUCCAUCACCACGACCCAUUGCCACAAUGUUCAACCUAGGCAUUGGAGGUAAGUAGUCUCUUUUUUGCUGCUAGUUUCCCGUUCCCCAGUGCCCUGCACAACGAAGACGACGCAGACAAAGAACUCUGAUGUGAUCAUGCGAAUAGUCCCCUGAUGUGAGACCACGCUGUCAGUUUUUAUAGUCAAGUCGAUUACUCCCAUUGAUGCGCUUGGCAUAUGGUCCGAUACUCAGCAUGUUUUUUCCCGUUCUCGAUCAUGUAGAAGUCCCGUUUUUUUAAGUCCUGUCCCCUUGGGCUUUCCUCACCCGCUUGACCCCGAGGAAAAUAAAGGACUUGGCAUCAUCAUACUGUACAAAUCGUUCAUUCGCUCAAGGCAUACUGUACACGUACAGCAGCGUGUCGUACCAAAGAUUAUGGUACCACGAGUUGAUACAUGGCGUCAGAUUCUUGUCCAAUGCAGGCAAUACCAUUCUGUGUCUUCGCCAAUGAGUCAUCAUCUGCAUAUUUCUUGUGCUCUGAGUGAAGGCCAAGGUUUCCGAGAGACGUUGUUUCGAGAGCCAGAAGAGCCAGAAGAAGAAGACAAUAGUUUAUCUUAGUAAAGAAUAAAGUCCCCCAUUAGUUCAACAUCACCUUUACACAGUUUUCAGUAUCAAAGC